AGGAACAGACCACUUUCUUCCAUGAGUAGUUUACAUGGUAUUUCGUUGGCAAAAAUAACUGCAUCGAUAAAUUGUGGGUAUAUGCCGCAGGAAGCUGUUGAUAGAGCAAUAGCUGGAUUUUGGAAUCUGAGCUGUUCUCCAGUGGGUGCUGAAGUAUUUCCUAACAAGAAGCAAGAAUCUGCCUUCAAUACAAUGUUGGAUUGCUUAUAUUUCUUUUGUGUUUUUGCAAGGCAUCUUUGCCUUUACUUGGAAAAGAAGGGCAAAUCUGUUCUCAGACCCUUCUAGUCCCUUACUUUUCAGUGUGGCUGUAUCUGCAAAUCCUCCCCCUCCCUCCUUUUUCUUUUCCUUUCUCCAUCCCCUUUAAGUUGUAAUUCAAUCUCUUCCAACUCAUGAUCUCUUUUCUCUUUUUGGCACUCCCUCCACCCUCUCUCUCUCAUUAGUUUAACUUGAGUUAAUUAGGAAUAGUAGGCAGCCCUCAAUCUGUUAUGUGUUAAAAUAGAACAAUCCAAAACAGAGGGGCACAGACACAACUAUGUGAUUUCUUUGUCUACGGGAGACAGAAAAUCAGUGGGGAUUCUCUUAUCUAGACUAACAUCUUCCCAAUGGUUAAUCUAACUGGCUUUAAAAUGUUCUGCAAAUGCAGAUCUAGGAUAACAAUCUUUCCGUGUUUCCUUUUCUUUUUUUUUUUUUUCUUUUCCAUUUCAUCAUUGGCAAGAAUGAGUGAAUUGGAUUGACAUGGAGGUGAUAGAGGAAGAGAAAUAGUCUACACGUCAAAAUGACAAUGUAUAUUACAUGGUUAACAGAAUGAGUGGUACGUGCAAUGGCUGUGGGUAUUUUCAUCUGCUGUGUUGUACAAUAAGCUCCUUUUUUUUCCCAAGUGUAUCAUCAAGAUCACUCCCAAUUCAAUGCAGAUUAAGUGUUUGCUUGAAGGAUCUCUUUCUAUGAGUAAUAUCACUUGAUAAAUGUGGAACUGAAGUAAGAAUCUUAUUCACUUGUUGCUAUUACUCAAUUGUGUAUAUAUAGAGGUCAUGCCUGGUACUCUGACUGUAGUGCUGAUCACAGACCUUAGGGCAGAGUGUGCUGUGGAAGUGAAAUAUAACAGAUCUAAGAAAUCAAGCCCUGAUUGUAAAGCUGCCUUCAAGUACGUGAAAAACUUCACUUAAAGUCUGGGAACCUGCCUGCUAAGAGAAAGCAAUUUUACAGGAACGUCCUCAAAUUCCUCAACUGAAAAUAUGAAGAAGCAAGGUUCAGACAGUAAUCCUGCUCCAGUUUUGCCAGCGCUGCCAGAGCCACUCAAAGAUCUGAAAAUUAAGUACACCAAGAUAUUUAUAAACAAUGAGUGGCAUGACUCGAUCAGUGGUAAAAAAUUUGAAGUCUUUAACCCUGCAAAUGAAGAGAAAAUCUGUGAGGUUGAAGAAGGUGACAAGGCAGAUGUUGACAAGGCUGUUAAAGCUGCUAGAAAAGCUUUUGAGCUUGGGUCACCCUGGCGUACAAUGGAUGCUUCAGAGCGGGGAAGGCUCUUGAAUAAACUAGCUGAUUUAGUUGAAAGAGAUCGGCUGAUUUUAGCGACAAUGGAAGCCAUUGAUGGUGGGAAACUCUUUUCCACUGCCUACCUAAUGGAUUUAGGUGCCUGUAUCAAAACGUUACGCUACUGUGCAGGCUGGGCUGAUAAAAUCCAUGGGCGUACUGUUCCAAUGGAUGGAAACUUUUUUACAUUUACAAGACAUGAGCCUAUUGGCGUCUGUGGCCAAAUUAUUCCUUGGAACUUCCCAUUGGUUAUGUUCAUCUGGAAGAUUGCUCCUGCCCUUUGUUGUGGAAACACAGUAGUGGUCAAACCAGCAGAACAAACUCCACUGACUGCCCUUUACAUGGGAUCCUUAAUUAAAGAGGCAGGAUUUCCACCUGGAGUUGUGAACAUUGUGCCGGGCUUUGGACCUACCGCUGGAGCAGCAAUUUCUCACCACAUGGAUGUAGAUAAAGUAGCUUUCACAGGCUCUACAGAGGUUGGCAAACUGAUUAAAGAAGCAGCAGGGAAGAGCAAUCUGAAGAGAGUUACAUUGGAACUUGGAGGAAAAAGUCCUAACAUUAUAUUUGCGGAUGCAGACUUGGACACCGCUGUGGAAUUUGCACAUAUUGGUCUGUUCUACCACCAGGGACAGUGUUGUAUAGCAGGAUCUAGGAUUUUUGUGGAAGAGCCUAUUUAUGAUGAGUUCGUUCGCCGGAGCAUUGAACGAGCAAAGAAGUAUACUCUUGGGAAUCCUCUGUUGCCUGGUGUACAGCAAGGCCCUCAAAUUGAUAAGGAGCAGUUUCAAAAAAUCCUGGAGCUAAUUGAGAGUGGGAAAAAAGAAGGAGCCAAACUGGAAUGUGGAGGAGUUCCAUGGGGAGAAAAAGGUUAUUUCAUCCAGCCUACAGUUUUUUCUAAUGUUACAGAUGAUAUGCGCAUUGCCAAAGAGGAGAUAUUUGGACCUGUUCAACAAAUCAUGAAGUUUAAAACUAUAGAUGAGGUUAUCAAGAGGGCAAAUAAUACUUCCUAUGGCUUAGCAGCAGCAGUUUUUACCAAAGACAUUGAUAAAGCACUGACGUUUGCAGCUGCUCUUCAGGCUGGAACAGUAUGGGUUAAUUGUUAUAGUGCAAUGUCUGCUCAGUGUCCAUUUGGAGGAUUUAAGAUGUCAGGAAAUGGACGAGAAAUGGGAGAAUACGGCCUUCACGAAUACACAGAAGUGAAGACUGUCACAAUCAAAAUCCCACAGAAGAACUCAUAAUGCUACAUGGGGGGCAGAAUUUAGCAUUUUCAAAUUAAUCUGAAAAGGCUGUCUGAAUUCUGAUAAGUUUUAAAUCCCAAAUUAUUCAUUAACCAUUUUCCUUUCUGAUUGUAUAAGAGGUACUUGCUUGUAUUAACAAUAUAAAGAAUAAUGUAGAAAAUUUUAAUGUGACUAACUGAGAAAAGGAAACUUUAAUGUCUGGUACCUAGCUAACUAAUUUUGAAAUUAAUGUUCAAAAAGAACUAGUUUUUAUUUUCAGUGGAAGGUCUCUGUAGUGCUAUGAAAGUGUUCAUCUUUCAAUAUAUCCUACAAGUACAGUCUGAAUUUACAUGCUGUUUCUAAAUGUUCUAAGCUUUCUUUGCAUUUUCUUUUCUUUGUGGCCUUAACAAAAGCACUUACAAAUAAUUAGCAGUUAGAUACUUUUCUGUGUCUUUCAAAAGUAAUAGACCUCUAGAUAUAUUUCUUAGGCUAUUGAAUUUGUUCAUCAUACUACACAAAUGUAACCUGGAUAAUAUUAAAUAAUAUUAAAAGCCACCUUCAAAGCAUAA